AUGCCGAACGCGGAGGUGCAGAAAAUGGUCCGGCAAGGACUCAAUGAUCUGUGUCAAAUCGAUGACUCCAGGAUCUCGCCAGUCUUGUUGUUUCCUGUGUUCGUGAUUGGCUUCGCCUGCGUUGAGGACGAGACCAGGCAACAAGUCUCUGCGCUUUUUGAGAAACUCAUCGGCUUUAGUGGCUUUGGAAAUGUUCGGCUGGCGCGUGAUGUGGCUCACCAGUGGUGGUCGAACUAUGACAGCGGGGAUUAUGAGGGUUGGAAUUGGACUCAGCAGAUGGACAUAUACCGCAUAAGUAUACCAUUAACAUAA